GUUCAGUCGGCGACCUUGCGCGUCCGUUGCUUGACGUGUUCUGUGUGUUAUCAUUUUAUUUAUUUACUUGUUUCCAUUCUAUUUGUUACUAGCAAUUUGAGCAAUGGCCAGGGUAGCGACAACGGAGGCCCUCCGCUUCAUGACUGACUGCCUCAAAGCGGUUGGUGCUUCGGCUAAAGCGGCUCAACAACAGGCAGAGUUGCUCAUAGAAGCCGACCGCGUGGGACAUCCCAGUCAUGGACUCAAUAGAUUAGAAUUCUACAUAAACGACAUAUUGAGCGGAGACUGCAAGCCCAACAACCAGCCUCAGAUACUGAAGGAGAACGCGUCGACCGCCUGGGUGGACGCUAACUGCGUGCUCGGCGCCACCGCUAGCCACUUCGCCAUGGACAUUGCCAUCAAGAAGGCCAAGACCACUGGAGUUGGAUGGGUCACAGUUAAAGGUUCAAAUCACAACGGUAUGGCGGGAUACUGGGCAAAGAAGGCAGCUAAUGAAGGUUUAAUAGGAAUGGCUUUUACAAAUACCUCACCUUUACUCGCGCCCACUAGAAGUAAAAAGGCUGCCUUGGGUACAAAUCCCUUGUCUGUGGUGGCGCCGGCAGCGGAUGGGGAACAAUUCUACUUGGACAUGGCGACAACUGCCGUUGCCGUUGGAAAGAUAGAAAUGCAGAUGCGCAAAGGAGAAUCCAUACCAGACGGUUGGGCGCAAGACCCUAGCGGGACCACGACCAACGACGCAGAACUGGCUUUCAAGACUGGUUGUCUAAUGCCACUGGGCGGUAGAGAAGAAACUGCUGGCUACAAGGGCUUCGGUCUAGCUGCCAUGGUGGAACUGUUCUGUGGAAUCUCAUCAGGAGCGAAAUACGGCCACCACAUCCGUUCAUGGUCUCACCAGGGAGAGGGGGGCCCGGCUAACCUGGGGCACUGCUUCAUCGCUGUGGACCCUGAGAACUUCGCGCCGGGCUUCGGAGAUCGACUGACAGACUCUAUCCGACACUGGAGGGAGCUAGAACCAGCAGACAACAGUCUACCAGUCCUGGCUCCAGGCGACAAGGAGAAGAAAGCGGCUCAACUGACUGACUCACUGGGAACUGUGUCCUACGUCAAACAACAGAUACAGAGCAGCCAAGCGUUGGCGAAGAAGUUGCAAGUUAAACCUAUGGAAAUUGUGAACUGAUAAUAAUUAAGCACUCGUAUAUUUAGUAAAAACAAUAUUGUUCGUAUUUUUUGCAAAUAACAGAUAUGUAGUAAAAUGUUAUAAAAAGAGAGUCAGACAUACCUCAUUUUAUAGAGGUUUUUAAGCGACUUCAAAAAGGGAGGAGGUUAUCAAUUCGUCGGAAUCUUUUUUGAAUAAUCUUAUCUGUGGCCUUAUUACUCGUAUGUAUCUCAAUGUACCAUUCAAACAAUGACUCACUACAUCUAUUUUAGUCGUAUUUUCGUUUUUAUUAUCAUCUAACAUAUUUAUUUCUACGAAAUGACCUUGACUAGGCGAUUUUACAUCAAGUGGCAAUGAUGUUUUAUUUUAUCAAUCAUCUAAACAUGAAUACUUCAACUAAAUUACAUGAAUACCAGUUUUUUGUUUUUCGUUGAAAAAAAAUAUGUUAGAUAUUUGCAAACGAAAAUACGAUGGAAAACGAUGUAGUGCCUGAUUAUAUGAAUGGUACACCGAGAUACAUAUGUAAUAACCAUCGAUCUCCUAUUAAAAAGUGGAUGCACAAUUAACGACCAAAAAACGUCCCCACUCAAUGAGUGCCAAACACAACUUCUUGGCACUCAAUUCAAGUAAUCGCAUUUGCAAAUUCAACUUUAAACUGAAUUCUUAAGGUUGAAUUCGCUCAGAAUUUGGAAUUUUAUUGAAUAUUGGACUACAUUUAAAGUAUAACUUUUGUAUAAUUUUCUCUCGUUAUGUAUAAUUUUCUUUACAAAUAAUUCUAAAACUGUCAAAGCAAAAUUGGCCAGUUUUAAGUGAAAUUUUCUACAUGAUUGUGCGUCCUUCUAUUAUAAGAGAUCAAUGGUAAUAACCCUACGAUGUUGAUGAUGUAUGGCUAUCGGAGGCUCUCAGUUGUUCUUCUAUAAUUACAAUUUUUAUACUUUUUAUUAUAAUAAAUAUUGUUACGACCAAAACUGAAAAGACUGACUCCGGUUUAUUCCAUCGGUUUAAAUGGAUAUGCUACGGAAAUAAAAAAUACCGGUUUUAUUUUAAUACAUGUUUUGUAUAAAUUCUUUAGAUGACUAUCUAGUAGGUGCUUAUUUAUUAGGUAAUUAAUUAUUAUUUUUAGAUAAUUUUACAAACAGUAAACUCUAAAAAAAAAUAUGUAAUUCUGCGUGUUGUGAUUUUCGUUGAUGGUAAGUAUAUGAUUUUAUUAAUUUUCAAAAAGAUAUAUAUUACUAAAUUUUAUUACUUAUUUAUGUUAAUUUUUGUAAUGGUUGUGCUUUCUUACAAAUAAAUAAAUGAAAGAUAAUGUUGAAAUGGG